AUGAGAACAUUAACCCCAGGAGGAGCCAAAAGGGGUACUCCUAGAAUCAAUUUAAUAAAUUCACAGGGCGAAGCUUUUUACAGCCAAAAUGCUUCCCCUUCUUCUGCUGCUUCAUACUCUUCUUCCUCUUCUUCUUCUUCUUCACCAAUAGAGCGUGCAGAAGGAGGAGACAGCAGCAGCAGCAACAACAACAACAACAAUAACGACCCAUUUGGUGACAACCACCGGCAAGACGAGCGAGACGAGCAACACGAAGAAGAUGCAUGUCAAUUUUCAUUUCAACCGCAAACAACCAGUAAUGACGCUGGGUCAGACUCAAACCCCCGUGCAUCCAGCCAGCAUUUCACCAGACAUUCCAGGCAGCCCCUGGACCUGCUGCAAUACGAAAAUAACCAAAUACACACACGGUACCCUCCUUUGUACGACUCGCAAUCGUUGAUCUCAAGAGGUGGUAAUGAUGCAACGGAAGCAAAUUACGAACCCGUGUCGCCAACCACUUGCACAAGUCGGGAUAGACCACCACAGCUUCUGCAGCAGCAACAGCGCAUCUCCCUAUUGAUGCACAACUCGCCGCUGUUUAAUAGCUUGUCCCCACCAAUGCUUCAAUACGAUAGAUAUCCCAAGCAAGUGAUUUACAAUUUCCCCCACUCCAAUCAGGAAUCGACUGCAAAUUUGCUAGAUGAAACAAACUACAGCAACAGCAACAGCAACAGCAACAGCAGCACCAACUCGUCAAGCUUCAACUACUCCAACUCCUCGCCACCGACAAACAAGGACCGCUAUAGCGGCUCGUAUGAAUACGAAUACGAGUUUUCCCCGUUUGGUGGCUACCCUGCGAGUCAGUUUCCCUUGAGCAUAGAUGAAAAGGAACCAGACGACUAUUUGCAUAACCCCGACCCCGUGUUGGACUCUCUAUAUAACGAACAUCGCUUUAUGCAUGACCUCAAGAAUAUGGACCGCAGAGCAUUUGGCGGGCUCAUGGGGUUGAUCUUUAUGUUGGUGGCGGCAGUGUUGGUGUUUGUCUUGUUGCCCGUGUUGACAUUCACCACCGGCGGCGGCCAAGUUGUGCCGCAAGUGUACGAAGUAUUGACAAACUACCACUAUCCCAUGUUGAGCGCCAUUCGACAGACUUUAGUCGACCCAGAUACACCCGAGCUGGCCUUGACUAACGUGGGACAAGAUGGCCGCGUGUGGAAGUUGGUGUUUAGCGACGAGUUCAACGCCGAGGGAAGAACUUUUUAUGACGGUGAUGACCAGUUUUUCACGGCGCCCGACUUUCACUAUGCUGCCACGCAGGACUUGGAAUGGUACGACCCUGAUGCUGUCACCACCAGAAAUGGAACAUUGGAACUACAAUUGGACGCUUUCCAAAACCAUGGCCUAUUUUACCGUUCUGGGAUGGUUCAAUCUUGGAACAAGAUGUGCUUUACCCAGGGCAAGUUGGAGUUUUCGGCAAAAUUGCCCGGCUACGGCCACAUCUCGGGGCUAUGGCCCGGGUUAUGGUCCAUGGGCAACUUGGGGCGCCCCGGAUACUUGGCUUCAACAGAAGGCAUCUGGCCAUACACGUACGACACAUGCGACGCUGGCAUCACUCCAAAUCAAUCUUCGCCAGAUGGGAUUUCGUAUCUACCAGGACAAAGACUAAAUUCAUGUACCUGCCCUGGUGAACUGCACCCUAACCCUGGGGUUGGCCGCGGUGCACCCGAGAUUGACGCUUUGGAAGGGGAAAUCCACGGCGUUAUUGGCCGCGUGUCGCAAUCGUUACAAGUGGCACCGUACGACAUCUGGUACAUGCCCGAUUACGAUUUUAUUGAAAUUUACAACAAGUCGGUAACGUUGAUGAACACCUACACCGGUGGGCCCUUCCAACAAGCCGUCUCGGGAGUAACCAUGUUGAACCACACCUGGUACGAAAUGGGCACGGGGUUGGCGCACAAUUUUCAAAAGUUUGGCUACGAAUUGAUCAACCAUGACGAGAACGGGUACAUCACCUGGUUUGUGGGCGACGAGCCUACAUUCACGAUGCGGUCUCAGGCAUUGCACCCCAACGGCAACAUUGGCUGGCGACAAUUGCCCAAGGAACCCAUUUCGAUCAUUAUGAACUUGGGCAUCUCGAACUCGUGGGCCUAUAUCGAUUGGCCCAGCUUGGUUUUCCCAAGCAAGAUGCGUGUCGAUUACGUGCGCGUGUACCAACCGGAAGACGCAAUCAACAUGGGGUGCGACCCGCCGGAUUACCCCACGGCGGAUUACAUUGAGCAACACUUGAAUAUUUAUCAUAAUAUGAACUUGACGAAUUUCGAAAUGGGCGGCUACACAUUCCCCAAGAAUAGACUCACUGGGUGUUGA